GCACACAGCUCCCUGCAAGUGAGAGAAAUCUGUCCCGACGAGUAAGAUGGCUGAGACGACCCCCACGGUAGUGCCCGGCGAGGAGACGACGCAAGCUCAGGAGAUUCUGCACCUGCAGUGCCGUUUUUACGAGCAGAGAUUCCCGGAGAUCGAUGAGCUGGUUAUGGUGAACGUGCGUUCCAUCGCCGAGAUGGGCGCUUAUGUGUCGCUGCUUGAGUAUAACAACAUCGAGGGUAUGAUUCUGUUGUCCGAGCUGUCUCGACGCCGCAUUCGAUCCAUCAACAAGCUCAUCCGUGUCGGCAAGAACGAGGUGGUCAUGGUGCUUCGUGUGGACAAGGAGAAGGGCUACAUCGAUUUGUCCAAGCGUCGUGUAUCCCCUGAGGACAUUGCCAAGUGCGAGGAGCGCUACAACAAGGCCAAGACCGUGCACGGUGUUCUGCGACAGGUGGCUCAGGAGAACCACCUGGAGAUCGAGGAUCUGUACUCGAAGGUAGCCUGGCCACUCUACAAGAAGUUUAAGAUCGAGACCCCCAGUGAAGAUGAGAAGAAGGUCGAAUACGUGCACUGCUACGACGUCUUCAAGAUGGGUAUCACGGAUGACGCAGUCUUUGAGGGUCUGGAUAUCACGCCUGAAAUCCUUACGGCGCUCAAGGCACAGAUCCGCCGCCGGCUAACCCCGCAGCCAAUCAAGAUCCGUGCGGACAUUGAGGUCACGUGCUUCACGUACGAGGGCAUUGAGGCCAUUCGGUCGGCUCUGCAGGCUGGUCAGAACGUUGGCACUGAGGACGUUCCCGUCAAGGUUAAGCUCAUUGCGCCGCCCAUGUACGUCAUGACCACCAGCACACUGGACAAGCAGAAGGGUAUCCAGAAGCUCCAGGAGGCCAUCGAGGCCGUGCGGGAGCACAUUACCGCAAAGAAGGGCACCAUGUCCGUCAAGAUGGAGCCGAAGGUGGUGAGCGUGAACGAGGAGAAGGAGUUCCUGCAGAUGAUUGAGAAGCUUGAGAACGAGAGCCGCAUGGUGGACGGUGACGCUCCGGAGGAUUAGACAGGGAUAGCGCCGACAGGGUUAAGCGAGUACAGAUUCGGCAAGGAUGGACGACACCGUGCUGCAAGCGUUCUGGCGCAGCCCAUAUCUAGCGUGGCUUCCCCGCUUGCGACUCGACAGGAUUAGAUGGAAGCGCUUUGCCUGCAGAUUCAAUACAGCUGGAUGCACUGCGCACCUUCGUGGUGGUGAAUUCGCUGUUUUUAUAUACUGUA